AUGGCUUCCGUGCGGCGAACGAAGAACUUUGCUCUGGACGGCCAGACACCAAUGUUUCUCUACUCUAUUCUCAAACAACUUGACCUCAGAUCAAUUGACUGGAACCUGGUAGCUGAGAGCCUUGACAUCUCCAACGGUCAUGCUGCACGAAUGCGAUAUAGUCGGAUGAGAACACAGUUUGAAGCAAUGUCCAAAGAUGCCAAACCGCCGAAACCGAAGAAGGACAACGAGGCCAAGGCUGCGAAAGAGAAAGCUGCAAAAAGCAAAAGAGCUCUCUUGGAAGAAGAGACUGAGCGAUUGGGGACUGGGAAACAGGCCGUGCGAGCAUCUGGGCAGGAGAACAUCCACAAAAGACCCAAGCUUGGCCAGUACGGCAGCAACCCAUGGGUCUCUACGGUCAUGCCUGGGCAACAAUACACCAACUCUUUCUGGCCUCAUCCAAAUUCAAGUAUCAAGGACGAACCAACAAACGGAAACAGCUCAAGCACGACCACCACGCCGCUCAUCAAGAAGGAUCCAGAAUUGUCAGAGACGUCCACCACCACCAAUAUCAACAUGAGCACCUCCACUGGAACUCGUAUCAAGCAGGAGAAGACUGUCAAAGAGGAGCCAAAGACCAAUGAUGUUCUCCAAGAAUCACCGCCUGUGCCAUCCAUCGAGGACAAGAACGAAGUGGCUGCGAUUGCGAUGAAGCAGGAUCCAUCGUACUCACCCACCGCCUAUUACUAUCCGAGCUAUCGAUACGGCACUGUGCCUGGCACUUACCAGCCUCAAAAUGCCGCCGGAUAUUAUCAGACGUUUCCCAUGCCCCCAGGCCCCUCUACCUACCCGAUGCAGCAAACAUAUGCCUACAAUCCAUGGAUUGCCCCGCGACAAAGCAUCAAUCCAUGGAGCCACUCUGCAAUGGGGCCCAUUGCUGCAUCAGCUGCGCCGACGGCCGUGAACGAGAAUGUGAUGGACCAUGUCUCACUCAACCCCCACGCAAGCUCGUAUGAAGAUUUGCUCAAUAUGCCACUGUACUCUGGGACGCCGCAGAACUUCCAAUUCGAUGUCGCUACCCCAGAACCUCCUGUCGAAGCUCAGACGGUAGCCGGGAACAUGGUCGACGCCCCAGCUCAGAAUGCAGUUGCUGUUACCGUUGAACCACCGUCAGCCUCGUUUGUUGGGUUACAGGCCGAGAAAGAGAAAUUUUCUUCGCCACCCGUCCGUGCUGCAAGCAAGGACGCCGCGCCAGAGAAGCCUGCUCAGCACAAUGUCGUCGAGGCCAACGCGUUCGCGGAACAGUCCAAGAAUUCGACGGAGCUUGCCUUGGUUUCGGGUGUGGGUUCUGAUGUGCGAAUCUCAGCCUAUCCCGUCGUGGCUGGGGACAGGACAAGCACCGACAAUGAGGUUGAUGCCGAACAUGAGAUUGAUGACGAGCAGACUACCCACGUCGCCACUAUUACCACCGCUACUACAACUACUCUCGUUGCUGAAGCCGACAAGGAGUCAAAGGUCGUGAUGAAACCCGUGGUGGCGGUGGCAAUCGACGUUGAAGAACCAAAGGUCGUGAUCAAAUCCGAGCCUGUUGAGAUUUUGGAUCCUUGA